AUGGCGUACAAAGCUGGCCCUAUCUAUCCAUGUAAUCCUGCUACGGCGAGAUCAGAGUCGACAAAGUUGGCUGUUGAUCCCAAAGGAGAGAAAUUGAUAUAUACGAAUGGAAGAGCUGUGAUAAUCCGUGAUCUCAAUCACACAGACUUGUCUCACGCUUAUACUCAACACACACAAUCUACUACAGUCGCUCGAUUCUCUCCUUCGGGAUACUACGCAGCUUCAGCUGAUGUAGCUGGUAACGUCAGAGUGUGGGACGUCACGAAUGCCGAAAAUAACCUCAAACUUGCCAUUCGACCGUUAUCAGGUAAGAUCAAUGAUUUAGCUUGGGAUGGGGAAAGCAAGAGGAUCAUCGUUGGUGGAGAAGGCAAGGACAAGUUCGGAGCUGCUUUCUUUAUGGAUUCAGGUUCUUCAUGUGGUGAGAUCACCGGACAUUCAAAGCCUAUAGCCUCCCUCUCUGUUCGCCAUCAAAGACCUUUCCGAGCCGUUUCAGGAUCCGACGACAAUUCUUUGAUUCUCCAUACUGCCGUACCGUUCAAAUACGACAAAAUGAUUAAUACCCAUAAUCGAUUCGUCAGGGAUGUAGCCUUCUCGCCUAACGGUGAUUUAUUCGCUAGUGUCGCAAGCGAUGGGAAACUGUUCCUCUACGAUGGUAAAUCUGGAGAAGUCAAAGGCGAAGUGAAUAGAGAUGGAGCUACAAGUAGUUUGAUGGCUUGUUCUUGGAAUCUUGAUUCAUCUUCUAUCGCCUCUGCUGGUGCUGAUGGUAUAGUUUCUAUUUGGGACGCAACGUCACUUAGAUCCACUCAAAGCUGGACGAUAGGUUCAGAUGUUCAAUCUCAACAAAACGGAGUAGUCUUCGCCAACCCAAAUACAGUAGUAUCAAUCUCAUUAUCAGGCGUAUUAAACCUGUUUGAUACUAGAGAAUCUUCAAAUACUAAAUGGCGUAAACUACAUGGAGCUACAAAAGCGAUUACUGCAUCUACGUUAUCAAGUGGAAGUGAAGAAAAUUCAUCUUCAUCUACUUUCUAUACUGGUUCAUUCGAUGGUACCAUCAAGAAAUUCGAUAUUGGUGAUUCUUUUGGUGAAAAGGAAGGAAAUUGUGACGAGUUGAAUGGUACUGGUCAUACUGCAAAUGUCAUCGCCUUGAGUAGUGAUAUGAAAGGAAAAGUUUAUUCGGCUGGUUGGGAUGAUAAAGUAUCUUCUAUCGAGGGAGAAUCAUUCUCUUCCACCUCAUUACCCAUCAAAUCACAGCCAUCAGGAGUCGCUUCCACACAAAACGCAGUCUACAUAGCGACGUCUUCUGGACUGGAAGUUCAUCCCGUUGGUUCAAACUCAUCCUCCGUUCUAGUCAAAGGUGGCAUCUCCGCCGUUGCAGCACACCCUGGACCCAAUUCCGAUCUAUUAGCGUGUGGCAUAGGAAAGAAAGUUGUCUUAUACUCCACUUCACCAGAUAAAGAAAUAGCUUCAUUCGAAGAUAAUAAAGGUGAUAUAUUGUCAUUGUCAUUCUCACCAGAUGGGAAAUUCCUAGCAUCUGGAGAUUCGGCAAGAAGGAUUGUUUUAGUUGAUAUUGAAAAGCAAUCAGUGGCGGUUUCAAGUCGAUGGACUUUCCACACUGCACGUGUCGUAGCUUUAGAUUGGAGUAAGAGUGGUAAGAGAUUAGCUUCGGCUGGUUUGGAUGAAGCUGUUUAUAUUUGGGAUAGAGAGAAGAUUGCUAAGAAUGUAGCAAUUAAGAACGCCCACCCUGGAGGAGUCACUGGAGUUUCUUGGAUAGGAGAUGAUAAACUUAUCACUGCUGGAUCAGAUGGUAUAGUAAGAACUUGGACUGUACCUGUAUAG